CAUUGGGCCAAGUCGUCCGCAUGCACCGACCCGACGACGUGGAGCUCAAGCGCCCCGAGACCAUCGAUACUGUCAUCAAAUACCUCCUGGGUCAAGUCGAGUUGCGCAAGUUUCGCGACCUCUUUGAUCACAUUGACGUCGAUCGCGCCGGAACCAUCGACUACGACGAGUUCUUUGACUUUAUCGAAGACCGACGCACCAAGUUUUCCGACAAUUUGUUUCGCCAAAUCGACCCCAAGUACGACGGCACGUUGGAUUUUGAGCACUUUGUGCAUAUUUUGACGUCGUACUGCAUGCGGUCCCGGGAAGAAAUUUUGCAGUUCGCAUUCGAUACUUUUGACGACGAUGCCAGCGGGUCCCUCGACGAGCUUGAGUUUACAGAGCUCGCAAAGAUGAUGCACGACGGCAAGCCUGUGUUUGCGUCCAACUUUAACAAGGCGCUGGCUGAAUUCGACACGCACGGCGACGGCACGAUCACCUUUGCGGCGUUUCAGCAAAUCAGCAAGCGGUAUCCGAUGGUCCUCUUCCCCGCGUUCCGGCUCCAGGACCAAAUGCAGCGCAUGAGCCUCGGGCUCAACCACUGGCACAAGAUCCACAUGCGCUACUUUGACGUGAUCUCGAUGGAGGUUUACCGCGUACGACGCCCUCUCUGUCGAUACGCAGCUUACCCCACGCGUUAGAAAAAACACAAUGGCGCGGCGCCGCCGAUCCCGACGCUCAAGAAGAUCAAACUCCUCUUUGGCGUCGGCACGUUUGACGUUUACCAGCCGCAAACCUAAUCGUCGUUGUUUGAAUGUAUCAAUGUAUCAGCCCGAUCUAUGUCAACACCAAAACUCGGAAAAUU